CGCCGACAAAAUGUCAAAUUAAUUCGUUCCACUGACCGUAUUUUUGUCUAUUUAUGAGUCGAAAUAAGCCUGAAAAUACCUUUAGCAGACUUUUGGGGUAGAUUUCCUCCGUUUUGGGCCGUUGGCUACCACGAAAGAUCUGUCGCCGUUGAAUAGAAUCCAGUUUUAAUUGCCUACAUAGUAGUAUACAGCUUUGACCUUGUCAAGGUGACCGACACUCAGUUGAAAUUGCCUUUAGUCAGGGUUGAUAUCGUCAACCGGCUGCACGGGUUUUGAUCGCUGAAUUAACAAGUCAAAAUGAGCGUACAAUCAGAUUCUGAGAAGCGCAAGCAGAUCUCCGUAAGGGGUAUCGUGGCUGUGGAAAAUGUGGGCGAGGUGAAGAAGGCUUUCAACCGCCACGUUCAUUACACCUUGGUGAAGGACAGGAAUGUCGCGACGCCACGGGACUACUACUUCGCGUUGGCGCACACCGUCCGGGACCACCUUGUUUCCCGCUGGAUCCGUACUCAACAGUACUACUAUGAAAAGGACCCUAAGCGUGUGUACUAUCUGUCCCUUGAAUACUACAUGGGGAGAUCCCUACAAAAUACCAUGAUCAAUCUCGGUAUCCAAGGCACUGUGGAUGAAGCACUAUACCAAUUGGGUCUGGAUAUUGAAGAGUUGGAGGAACUGGAGGAAGAUGCUGGUCUGGGUAACGGAGGCCUGGGGCGUCUUGCCGCCUGCUUCCUUGAUUCUAUGGCUACUUUAGGGCUGGCUGCCUACGGAUAUGGUAUUCGUUACGAGUACGGAAUAUUCGCGCAGAAGAUUGAAAAUGGUGAGCAACAAGAGGAGCCUGACGACUGGCUGCGUUAUGGCAACCCUUGGGAAAAAGCGCGCCCGGAAUUCAUGAUCCCGGUCAAUUUCUACGGGCGAGUCGUAGACACGCCCCAGGGGAAGAAGUGGGUCGACACCCAGGUGGUGUUUGCUAUGCCCUACGAUAACCCCAUUCCUGGAUAUAACAACAACGUGGUGAACACUCUGCGUCUUUGGUCCGCCAAGAGUCCCAUUGACUUCAAUUUGAAAUUCUUUAACUCCGGUGACUACAUUCAAGCUGUGCUAGACCGUAACGUCGCUGAGAACAUUUCUAGAGUCCUCUACCCCAAUGACAACUUCUUUGAAGGCAAAGAGCUGCGUCUGCGCCAGGAGUACUUCAUGUGCGCCGCCACUCUCCAGGAUAUCAUUAGGAGAUACAAAGCAUCCAAAUUUGGCAGCCGGGAGGCUGUCAGGACCACCUUCGACACUCUGCCUGAGAAAGUCGCCAUCCAGUUGAACGACACCCACCCCGCCCUGGCGAUUCCUGAACUGCUGAGAAUCCUCAUCGACAUUGAAAAAGUGUCGUUCGAUGAAGCCUGGGACUUGGUCAUCAAGUGUUGCGCGUACACCAACCACACCGUCCUCCCCGAGGCGCUGGAGAGGUGGCCGUGCUCCAUGUUGGAGAACUGCCUGCCCAGGCACAUGGAGCUGAUCUACCACAUCAACUUCCUGCAUCUUCAGGAGGUCCAGAAGCGCUUCCCUGGCGACAUGGAUCGCAUGCGCCGCAUGUCCCUGAUCGAAGAGGAGGGCGAGAAACGCGUGAACAUGGCGCACCUCUGCAUCGUCGGCUCGCACGCCGUCAACGGCGUGGCCGCCAUCCACUCCGAUAUCCUGAAGGCCACCAUAUUCCGCGACUUCUUCGAGAUGUGGCCCGAGAAGUUCCAGAACAAGACCAACGGCAUCACCCCUCGUCGCUGGAUCCUGCUCUGCAACCCUGGCCUGUCUGACCUGAUUUGCGAAAAAAUCGGCGACGAGUGGACCGUGCAUUUGGAGAAGCUGCAGGGGCUGAAGCGCUGGGCCAAGGACCCGGCCUUCCAGCGCGCCGUCAUGAAGGUGAAGCAGGAGAACAAGCUGCGCCUGGCGUCGCUCAUCGAGCGCGACACGGGCGUCAAGAUCAACCCCGCCUCCAUGUUCGACGUGCAGGUGAAGCGCAUCCACGAGUACAAGCGCCAGCUGCUGAACAUCCUGCACGUGAUCACCCUGUACAACAGAAUCAAGCGCGACCCGUCCGCUCCUAUCACGCCGAGGACUGUCAUGAUCGGAGGAAAAGCCGCUCCCGGUUAUUACAUCGCUAAGCAGAUGAUCGCUUUGGCGUGCGCUGUGGGCAAUACCGUAAACAACGACCCAGACGUCGGCGAUAAGUUGAAACUUAUUUUCUUGGAGAACUACCGCGUCACCUUGGCCGAGCGGAUCAUGCCAGCGGCUGACCUCAGUGAGCAGAUUUCAACUGCCGGUACGGAGGCCUCUGGUACUGGCAACAUGAAGUUCAUGUUGAACGGAGCCCUGACCAUCGGCACAAUGGACGGCGCCAACGUCGAGAUGGCAGAAGAAGCCGGAGAGGACAACUUGUUCAUCUUCGGCAUGCGGGUCGAUGAUGUAGAGGCAUUGAAGCGCAAAGGAUACAACGCGUACGAGUACUACGAGCGCAACCCUGAACUUCGUCAGUGCGUGGAGCAGAUCCGCAGCGGGUUCUUCUCGCCCGGCGAGCCCGGCAAGUUCGCGCACCUGGCCGACGUGCUGCUGCAGCACGACCGCUUCCUGCACCUGGCCGACUACGACGCCUACAUGGAGGCGCAGCAGAAGGUCUCCGACGUCUACCAGGAUCAAGCGAAGUGGGCCGAGAUGGUGAUCGAGAACAUCGCGUCCUCCGGCAAGUUCUCAUCCGACCGCACCAUCGCCGAGUACGCGCGCGAGAUCUGGGGCAUGGAGCCCACGUGGGAGAAGCUCCCCGACCCCCACCAGGUCGCCUAAACUGGCUAGUAUUCCGACCUCUAUUCCAACACCUUAAAGGAUGUUAUCCUGUGCAGUAUAUUCACAAUAGGGUAGUUGACACAUUAGUCAAUUGACUUACUUUUUAUGAGCUGCCAAAACGCGAUUGGCCACAUUUGUAUGGAAAACCGAAUUGUGACGUCACCAGUUACAGACUAUUUGUAUGGAAAACCGAACUGUGACGUCACCAGUUACAGACUAACAAUUUAUCGAUCUAAAAACUACUUAGAAUCGAAUUAACUAGCUCGGUUUUCAGGGAUAGAUUGAAAUGUAUUUUUAAAGAAGCGGUGACUUGGAAUUGUUGGUUAUCAGUGUCAACUACCCAAUUAACAACAGUCUAAUACCGUUUGAAAUUAUAAACUAAGAUGAAAGUGGUCUAUUAUAAUGGAAUUAGUAUAAAGAAGAUUAUUAUUAGAUAUUAAGAGUUUGUCUUCUUCGCUUUAGUAGUUAGAUAAAUUGUGAACUUAUUGGACCGCUUUCUCUGUCGUCAAAUGUUCUUCGUUAAGGUCGGAACCUGAGUUAAUUGAAAGAUUGUAUCUGGUAGAAGUGUUGCUUGUUUGUUGCCAACAUGUUUGCUUUAACAUCAAUACCUAACUCAAUAUUGUUACGAUACUAUGACCCGUUUUUUAUCGCAUAAAUAUUUUGUACUUAAGCACUUAUUUACUGCUUAUAAUGACUCUUCAAAACAAUUCCAAUGAAUGACUGAGAUCACUGAGAAAAUACACAGAAAGUAACACUUCUAUGGAGGAAAAACAAUUUGGUUGAAUUCCUUCAUCACAGAAGAUGGGAUUUAAGUAAGUAUUCGUUAAUUUCAAAAAAUACUGUUGAGUAGAAUAUCGAGUAUUUAGAUGCUUUAUUGAAGUUGAGUAAAGUAUAUUGUGCGUUGAUUGUGUACGUUAUUCUAUUAAUGUUAACACUUUGAGAUUAUGUAUGUUGAUUAUAACUUAUAGGUGCUUGUUAUUUAUUUAUUUAUUUUGUGCCCUUUUCCACUCUAAUCUAUCUUUAGUAUUGCAACUAUUUCUUGAUGUCGUUGUACUAAAGUAUAAAUACUUUAUUAAUAAAUAAUAGUAGUGUACUAAUUUGCUACACGUUUAAUCUACUUACGAUAAUGCAUAAUAUAGUCAUUGAGGCGUUGUACACCCGCGAAAUUAACAUCAAUAACACAAUUUAUUUUAAUUUUUAACGAAGUAUUUCUAAUAUUUAUGUAAUACUUUCUACAAAACGGUGUAUUAUUUAUUUUUUAUACAUAUUUUAAACGGAUACUGAGAUAUAACAUAGAUUUAUUUAUGUGUAUUUAAUAAAAUUAUAUUACCUACUUACCUGUUUUUAUAAAAGUCAAGCCUAUUUACACAAAUAAAGUAUGCUUAAAAUUGACAGCUAUUAUUGUUUUAGUGAGUAGCUUUUAGUUAAAAAUACACAUUUGUUCCUGUAGAUUGGAUGUUAGGGGUAUUAUAUUGAAUAGUCAGUAAGAAAAGAAAUGAAUUUGUUUUUGUGCCAUAUUUACCCUCUGAUGGUGUAUGUAAACUUUUUCUGGCGGACUAAUGUCUGCCAGUUAGGUUAAACCAAUCGCCAUUU